AUGUUUGCCCACAGCGUGGAGAACAGCAGCAGCCCUCUCGUUCUCCCUACCCAACUGCUCCUGCUGCAGAACAAGAGCUACCCCAAAACACCCAUCACUCCUGCAAGCUACGGGCUGACAGAGUCUCCCAGAGGAAACAGCUCGGGCAGGAACCACACUGUCCUGCAGUAUGACCUGAGGCCGGGGGAAAUUGCAGCAGCCAGCGUGGUUUUGGGAGCACUGUGGCUGGUUUCCACCUUUGGAAACUCCCUUGUUUGCUUAGUGAUCCACAGGAGCAGGAGGACUCAAUCCACCACCAACUAUUUCGUUGUCUCCAUGGCUUGUGCAGACCUCCUCAUCAGCAUCGCAAGCACGCCCUUCGUGCUGCUCCAGUUUGCCUAUGGCAGGUGGAUGCUGGGGAACGUGAUGUGCAAGGUGGUGAGGUACGUACAGUAUCUCACUCCCGCAGUCCAGAUCUACGUGCUCCUCUCGAUAUGCGUGGAUCGAUUCUACACAAUCGUCUACCCCCUGAGCUUCAAAGUGUCGAGGGAGAAAGCCAAGAAAAUGAUUCUGGCCUCGUGGCUCUUGGAUGCUCUCUUUGCAUCACCGGCUUUCUUCUUCUAUGGCACCAACAGCGAAGGCCACUGCAACUUCUUCCUCCCCAGCUCUUGGGAAGGAGCCGCCUACGGUCUCAUCCACUUCUUGGUGGUGUUUCUGAUCCCAUCCGUCCUCAUUAUGCUCUUCUACCAGAAGGUCAUCAAGUACAUUUGGAGAAUAGGCACCGAUGGCAGGACUGUCAGGAGGACAACAAAUAUAGUCCCAAGAACAAAAGUGAAAACCAUCAAGAUGUUCUUGAUGUUAAACUCCGUGUUUCUCUUCUCUUGGCUCCCUUUUUACAUGGUACAGCUGUGGCACCCACAGGAAGCAGACUACAGGAAGAGCUCCUUGACUUUCCUGGCCAUCACCUGGAUCUCUUUCAGUUCUUCAGCCUCUAAGCCAGCCCUCUACUCUGUCUACAAUGCAAACUUCAGAAGAGGGAUGAAGGAAACCUUUUGCAUGUCGGCCAUGAAGUGCUACAGAAGCAACGCAUACACUAUCACCUCCAGUUCCAGGCUAGCCAAAAAAAAUCACGUUGGGAUUGCAGAAAUCUCAGCUCCACCCAAAACGGUCACCAAAGACUCCAUCUAUGAUGCUUUUAACAGAGAAGCAAAGGAAAAAAAGCUUGCCUGGCCUAUUCAGUCAAAUCCCCCAAAUACUUUUGUCUAG